UGCUCAUCUCACAAGCUACUAAGACAUGAGAGAAUAAUGCAUAAUUGCUUUGAGCAGACAAAUGAGAAAAAAACUGCCAUAUACACCUUUUAUUAGAACUGAAAGGUGGAGGGGAAAAAAAAGGGACAGCUCCUGCCUUUAGUGAAAAUUUUGAGGCUAAAGCUUAAUAACUUUAUGGUUAUUAGCUUCCUUUACAAACUGAUUAGGUAGGCCUACUUCGAUAAAACUAUUUAAUCCCCUUAGCUUCCAUCAUCCCUAGCAGUUAAAACCUGUCUUAUCUCUGAUUCAAAUUCUCUCCUUACGAGUUUCUAUUCCAUCCAUUCCUGCUUUUUCUGCUGAUUCUGUUAAACUUGAGGUUCUCUUGUUAUUUUUGCCUUACCUUUCUAAAUAGGAUUAAGCUCCCUGAGUAAUAGCAUUGAAUCUUUAGUAAGGUAUCUGAUUCUUGAAUUGCAAAUCAAUCUUGGCCAUAUGCUUUGAUAUGGACAGCAUUCAAAUGUCUCACUUGAGGCUGCUUUUUGUAGUAUUUAGCAGUUUUCUUGCUGCUACUAUUGGAGAUGAUUCAACAGAUUCUUAUUGGCUGCUGAGAGUUAAAUCAGAACUCACUGAUCCCGCGGGAGUUCUUGAGAACUGGUCUGCCAAAGUUCACAUAUGCAGCUGGAAUGGACUGACAUGUUCAGAUGAUCAGGCUCAUAUUCUGGGCUUGAAUCUAUCUGGUUCAGGACUAUCAGGCUCACUCUCACAUGAGUUUGGGCACCUCACUUCACUUGAAAUACUUGAUUUGUCCUCAAAUUCCCUCACUGGCUCGAUACCUCCAGAGCUCGGACAGCUUCAAAAUCUACAGAUACUGCUCCUCUUUACAAAUUACCUCUCUGGUAAGAUUCCUGCAGAGAUUGGUCUACUGAAGAAGUUGCAAGUUCUUAAAAUAGGAAAUAACUUGUUGACAGGUGAAAUUACACCAACUAUUGGUAACUUGACUGAGUUGAGAGUAUUGGCUCUUGCUUAUAGCCAAUUUAAUGGAAGCAUUCCAAUUGGGAUUGGUAAUUUGAAGCAUCUGAUAUUUCUUGAUUUGCAGAAUAACAGUCUCAGUGGCCUUAUACCAGAAGAGAUUCAUGGCUGUGAAGAACUCGAAAACUUUGCAGCCUCGAACAACCAGCUCCAAGGGGAUAUCCCCUCGUCAAUGGGAUUGCUUAAAUCACUGAAAAUUCUUAACCUGGCUAACAACAGCCUUUCUGGAUCAAUUCCUGUUGCAUUAAGCCGUCUCUCCAAUCUGACGUACUUGAAUUUGCUUGGGAAUGAAUUAAGUGGUGAAAUUCCUUCAGAGCUUAACCAGUUGGUUCAGCUUGAGACGCUUGACUUAUCAGAAAACAAUCUCUCAGGAGCCAUAAGCCUUCUCAAUAGCCAGUUAAAGAAUCUUGAAUCCCUUGUUCUUUCUAACAAUGCUUUGACAGGUAGCAUUCCAGGCAACUUCUGCCUAAGAAAUUCAAAUUUGCAACAACUUCUUCUGGCUCGAAAUAAGCUCUCGGGCAAAUUCCCUUUGGAGCUACUCAACUGUUCCUCACUCCAACAAUUAGACCUUUCUGAUAACAGGUUUGAAGGAGAACUUCCAUCACUCCUGGACAAACUACAGAACCUGAAAGAUCUCGCACUCAAUAAUAACAGCUUCAUCGGUGCUCUACCUCGUGAAAUAGGAAACAUGAGUAAUUUGGAAAAUCUUUUUCUGUUUCACAACUUAAUCACAGGUGAAAUUCCAAUGGAGAUUGGGAAGCUACAGAUGUUGAGUGUCAUUUCCCUCUAUGAAAAUCAGAUGUCAGGACAAAUACCUAUAGAGUUAACAAACUGCACAAACUUGACAGCAAUUGAUUUCUUUGGAAACCAUUUUACAGGGUCCAUUCCAGCAACAAGUGGGAGGCUUAAGAAUCUAUUUCGGCUUCAUCUGAGGCAGAAUUACCUGUCAGGUCCAAUACCACCAAGCUUGGGUUACUGCAAAAGGCUUCAGUUUUUGGCCUUAGCAGAUAACAAGCUCUCUGGAUCAUUGCCACCCACAUUCAGGUUCCUUUCAGAAUUGAGCCUCGUUACUCUUUAUAACAACUCCUUUGAAGGACCUCUUCCCACUUCUCUCUUUCUUCUCAAAAGCCUCAAAAUCAUAAAUUUCUCUCACAACAGGUUUAAUGGAACUAUCUUUCCACUCUCUGGUUCAAAUGCUUUGACUGUAUUAGACUUAACAAACAACAGCUUCUCAGGUCCCAUUCCCACUACACUAGCCAUGUCAAGAAAUCUAAGCCGUAUCCGCCUUGCACAAAAUCAUUUCAUUGGAAACAUUUCUUCCAUAUUUGGCCAUCUCACAGAGCUCAAGUUUCUUGAUCUAUCAUUCAACGAUCUCUCAGCAGGACUGCCACCUGAACUCUCAAACUGUAGAAAACUUGAACACCUAUUACUUAACAAUAACCAGUUCACAGGCACAAUGCCUCCAUGGUUAGGAAGCUUACAAGAACUUGGUGAGUUAGACCUUUCAUCCAAUCAGUUCUAUGGAACAGUGCCUGCAGAGCUUGGAAACUGUUCAAGAUUACUAAAACUUUCUUUCCAGAGCAACAAUCUCUCGGGAGAGAUCCCACCGGAGAUUGGAAAUCUAACUUCUCUUAAUGUCCUUGCACUGCAAAGAAACAAAAUUUCGGGCUCCAUUCCUUCAACAAUCCAACAGUGUAAGAAGCUCUAUGAACUGAGGUUCUCAGAAAACUUCUUGACAGGUUCAAUACCAUCUGAGCUAGGAAGCCUCACUGAGUUACAAGUGAUCUUGGAUUUGAGUAAAAAUCACUUCAUCGGGGAAAUCCCAUCUUCUCUUGGAAACCUUGUUAAGUUAGAGAGACUUAACCUCUCUUCUAAUCAACUCCAAGGAGAAAUACCCUCAUCACUUGGUGAACUGACCAGCCUCCACAUGCUAAACCUGUCAAAUAAUCAUCUCCAAGGCCAACUACCUUCAACCUUUUCUGGUUUCCCACUCAGCUCUUUCUUGGGUAAUGAUAGGCUAUGUGGUCCACCACUAUUAUCAUGCUCAGAAUCCGUGAGGCAGCGAAAAAAAGAGCUAUCCAAUUCUGAAGUGGUGGGAAUUAUAGUGGUCAUUGUCUUUAUCUCUACAGUGAUAUGCUUUGUGAUGCUUUACAUCAUGUUGAGAAUCUGGUGCAAGUGGAGAGAAGUUUCAAUUUCAAGUGCAGAUAGUGGUGGAACUGAGAAAAAGAGAGAGGAAGGGAAAUGGGUCUAUGGAGAUGAGAAGAGAAGGGGUGAGUACUGGAAAGUUAACUCCUUGUCUCCAGUCUCUUCACAAGAUAAGCGAACUUCUGGAAUAGCAUGCAUAUUCCAACUCAAAAUGGACUCAGAAGCAAUGUAAAGUGCUUUUGUUCUAAAGUUAUGUAGUUAUUUUAUUUCUUUGUUCUAUUUUCUAUGUUCUUGGUUAUGCAUUAUUUUCUCUUGUGAUUUCUUAUCACUCUUUGUUUCUAGAAGUGGAUGUGUUAUAUAUAAGGCUCUAUACUGCAAUCUCAAACUGUGAAGCACUGUAGGGUUCUGACUUUUUGAGUUUAUAGAUGUACCUGUUAAAGA